AUGGAGCCCCAGGGUGAGAAGCCGGCAGAGGCAGACAGGGUGUGUGUCACGCCCCAGUUGCUCAAGUCGCGCUCGGGUGAGUUCGCCCUGGAGUCCAUCCUGCUGCUGAAGCUCCGGGGCCUGGGGCUGGUGGACCUGGGCUGCCUGGGGGAGUGCCUGGGGCUCGAGUGGCUGGACCUGUCGGGCAACGCGCUCACCCAGCUGGGCCCGCUGGCCUGCUUGCGCCAGCUGGCGGUGCUCAACGUGGCCGACAACCGGCUGACGGGACUGGAGCCGCUGGGCGCCUGCGAGAGCCUGCAGAGUCUCAACGCCGCGGGCAACCUGCUGGCCACCCCCGGCCAGCUGCAGUGUCUGGCCGGCCUGCCGGGCCUCGAGUACCUGCGGCUCCGGGACCCCUUGGCCCGGCUCAGCAACCCGCUGUGCGCCAGCCCCUCCUACUGGGCAGCCGUCCGAGAGCUGCUCCCCGGCCUGAAGGUCAUCGAUGGCGAGCGUGUGAGCGGGCGGGGCAGUGAGUUCUACCAGCUGUGCCGCGACCUGGACAGCUCCCUGCGCCCCGGCUCCAGCCCUGGCCCCGGAGCCGCGGAGGCCCAGCCCUGGGUAGAGCCGGGCUACUGGGAGUCGUGGCCCACCCGGAGCAGCUCCAUCCUGGAGGAGGCCUGCCGGCAGUUCCAGCACGCCCUGCAGGAGUGCCAUGACCUGGACCGCCAGGCCAACGACAGCCUGGCCCAGGCUGAGCGAGCGCUCAGCCCUGCCGGCACCACCUCGUCCUUUGUGUUUUGA